UGCCCCUAAAUCUCCCCUCUGACCCCCUUUUUCCCUUGCACAUUUUUAGUACAUUAUCAUAUCAUGGAAAAUCUCCUAAUAAUUCCUAAAGAAAAGGAGCGAGGUCAGCUAGAGCUAUUGGAGAGGCCAACUACAUGCGGAACGAUUCCGAAGGACACCAGAUAGUUCAUCUUGUAAAUCGGCAAUCCGUGUGUAUGAAGAAAUAACUGCCGAUCGAUCUAGGUAUUGCAACUCUGCUGUUACUAUACAUUAUUAGUAGGCAUCUUCUGUGCUCUUUCAGUUAAAAAGAUGCUGCAUAUUAUAAUCCCAGCGGAGCUUAUUGCUAACAGUCUACAUUUGUUUGAUGCGUCAAAAGAUUAAAAGAUUCCAGUGUUAUUCAGUGGCGCUAAGAACCAAUGAGUGUAACUAGUAAAUACAACUUGCAUCAGUGAUCAGUCUCAGCAUUUAGAAAGUUAGGCUUCUCCCUCUCUAUCUUUAAUGUUUGCUUCACUGUACAUUUGGAAAGUUAGGCUCGUUCUGAUUUUAAUUAGUUAACUUGAGCUCGUUUAGCUUUCACUCUAUCUUAGCAAGGGAACAUAUUGAACUUAUCAAAUUGGACGGCAUACUCAAACACCUAUCUGUCAUCAUCAAAUAACAGCAGAUUGUCAAACUGUGUGAUUUAGGACAUCAGUAUUACAUAUGUAUACAUGAACAAGAGAUAAUCAUCAUGACGAUUUCUGAGAUCAAUAAUUAGAAGUACCACUAAAAGAAGACAAGAACAAUAACCACUUGGUUCCGGAUCUUAUCCCUUCAGCAGGAGUGAUGCAUUCAAGAUACAGUGAAUUCAUCAAAAACAAAAUUGUGGUCCUCCCUGCGCGGUAAGUACUCGAGAUAAGUAUAUGUUGCUGUUGCCAUGUAGCUGUGCUAUCACACGUCUAGUCAGUGGUAAUUACUUAAUUUCUAUUCCUGGUACCUUUUGUAAUUGGAAAGAAAAUUCGUACCAUUUGGUAAGGUCACGGCCAAUGGAACGUCACCUUUGAAAACUACUCCACAUUGGAUGUACUGACACAAAAACACAAUACAAUGCUCCAGUUGCAAUAUUCUGCAUGUACUGAUGUAUACUGUUUUCCUACCUGCAAGUGGGUGUUUUGUAAUUGAAGUGCGCAUUGUUCCAUAUGGCUGUAGGUGUCUCGGUGUACCAUUUAAUUAAUUUAAAACCUGCAUCGCCAAUACCAACCACCUUGUUUAUUUUUGCACUUUGUAUGGCUGGCUGAUCUCAUGAUGGCUAUUUCUUUCUGAUUGUAUUGAUGCUGCAUAUAAUCUCAUCGGGGCUAUUGCUAACCGUUUCUACGCUUGCUUGGUCUGCCAACAGAUUAAAAUUCUAUGUUUGAUCCUAAAAACUGAGGACUGUACUAACCACAAAUUGCAUCCGCCUACAUGAACAAAAGAUAAUCCUCUGCCAGCAGACUAUGAUCCUUCUGGGAUCAAUCCUGUACUCAAUCAUAAGUAAAGGACAAGAAAAUGACAACUUGCUUUGGAGAUAAGUAUGUGAUGCAUCCCAGAAUACCAUUGUUCUGGUCUCCCGGGGCGGCAGGCACUUGAGAUAAAUAUAUGUUGUAGUUGCGCAGUAGGUGUGCUAUCACACGUCUAGUCAGUGGAGAUAAUUGUUUAAUUUGCAUUCCUGCAGCUUUUUGUAGUAUUUGGAAAGAAAAUUCAUACCAACUACCGGUGGAAUGAGUCCUAAAGGCCCCACAUAGUUCAUCUUGUAAAUUGGCAAUCUAGGUAUGCAACUCUCCUGUUAAUAUACUACUGUAUUAGUAGGCCCCUUCUGUGCUGUUUCAGUUAAAAAGAUGCUGCAUAUAACCUCACCCAUUAGUGCUUACUGCAACCGUCCUAUAUUUUCUUGAUGCGUCACCCCUGCUGAAUAUAGAAUUUUAACUUGAGCUCAUUGAAAUUAUAUGAAAAUUUUCAUAUGGCCCCUUAUGCGGGGUUUCACUGUCUUGCAGCAACGUAACAUAUUGAACUUGUCAAAUUUGACGUCUCUCUGUCAUCAUGAAAUAACGGAAGAUGGUCAAGUUGUGAUUUAUGAUAUCAGUAUAUUUAGUAUUACAUAUGUCCAUAUGAACAAGAGAUAACCAUCAUGAUCAUUUCUGAGAUCGAUAAUUAGAAGAGUCAUUAAAAAGGGACAAAAAAAAUAACCACUUACUUAUGGGUCUUCUCUCUUCAGCAUGGGUGAUGCAUUCAAGAAUCAAGAUUUAGUGAAUCCACAAAAACCAAUAUUGCAGUCCUCCAUUGGCGGCAGCUACUCGAGAUAAGUAUAUGUUGCUGUUGCCCGGUAGGUGUGCUAUCACACGUCUAGUAAGUGGAGGUAAUUGUUUAAUUUCUAUUCCUAGGUCCUUUUGAAAUUGGAAAGAAAUUUCGUACCAUUUGGUAAGGUCACCGCCAAUGGAACGUCACUUUUGAAAACUACGUUGGAUGUAUACUGACAUAAAUACACAAAAUAAUGCUCCACUUGCAAUGUUCUGGAUGUACUGACAUAUAAUAUUUUCCUACCUGCAAGUGGAUGUUUUGUAACUGAAGUGCACAUUGUCCCAUAUGUCUGCCAGUGCCUCGGUUUAGCUAUUUGACUAAUUAAAACCUGCACCGUUAAUUCAAACCACCUUGUACAUUCUUGGCUCUGAGUAUGGCUGUCUGAUCUCAUGAGGACUAUUGCUUUCUGAUUAAAAUGAUGCUGCAUAUAAUCUCAUCAGGGCUAUUGCUAACUGUUUCAAUGUUUAUUUGAUCUGUCAACAGAUUAAAAUUCUAUAUUUAAUUCUAAGAACUGAGGAGUGUGUAACCACAAAAUUGCAUCAGACUAUAUGAACAAGAGAUAAUUCUCUGUCAGCCGACUAUGUUUGUUCUGAGAUCAAUCCUGUACUCAAUCGUAAUUGGAGGUCAUUAAAAAAGAAUAAGAAAAUAACCACUUGCUUCGGUGAUAAGUAUGUGAUGCAUUGAAGAUUCAACUAAUCCAAGAACACCAUUAUUCUGGCCUCCCUGGGCGGCAGGCACUUGAGAUAAGUAUAUGCUGUAGUUGUGCAGUAGGUAUGUCUAGUCAGUGGAGGUAAUUCUUUAAUUUGCAUUCCUGCAACUCUUUGUAUUUGGGAAAAUUCGUACCAUUUGGGAACGUCACUUUUGAAAAACUGCAUUGGAUGCACUGACACAAAUACCCAAUAUAAUGAUCUAGUUGCAAUAUUAUGGUUGCUUGUGUCGUCUGGCACUCUGGUUGUGCCUCAUUAAGAAAUGAAGAUGGUUGUCCUAUUAUACAUCAGCCCCAAAAAAUGCCAGUGCUGAGCUGUUCAAGAUUGGAUAGUUGUGAUUGGUUCCCACAACGCGAGCUCAUCCACUUCGCUCCCAGAAAGUCAAUACCCACCUUGGCUUCCAGUUUCAUUACUAGCAAAGCAAGCACAUCUUGCUCACACCAUUCUCUUCUCCAUUCCACACUGUGCUUCGUGUUUCCCUUUGAUGUGCCAAUCGUGUGAGCGUUCCAAUGAUGGAGGUGGUGGCCGCCAUGGCGAUCCGGCCGCUGGUAUCCAUGUUGAUGAACAAGACGUCCAACUCCCUACUGGACCAGUACAAGGUGAUGGAGGGAAUGGAGGAGCAGCACAAGAUUCUCAAACGCAAGCUCCCGGCCAUCCUUGACGUCAUGACCGACGCCGAGAACCAGGCAAUGGAGCAUAGAGAUGGGGCUAAAGCCUGGCUCCAGGAGCUCAAGACAGUGGCCUAUGAGGCCAAUGAAGUCUUUGACGAAUUCAAGUAUGAAGCACUCCGCCGUGAAGCCAGGAAGAAAGGGCACUACAGCAAGCUUGGCUUCGAUGUAAUAAAACUCUUCCCUACUCACAAUCGUAUUGUGUUCCGUUACAAAAUGGGUCGCAAGCUUUGCCGGAUCCUGAAGGCCAUUGAUGUCCUCAUAGCAGAGAUGCAUGCCUUUAGGUUCAAGUAUCGACCACAACCGCCGGUGUCCAAGGAGUGGAGGCAGACAGAUUAUGUCAUCAUCGACCCACAAGAAAUUGCCAGUAGAUCCAGACACGAGGAUAAGAAGAAUAUUGUUGAUAUAUUACUUGGUGCAGCUAGCAAUGCAGAUCUUGCAGUAGUUCCCAUUGUUGGGAUGGGGGGGCUUGGCAAGACAACAUUAGCGCAACUCAUAUACAAUGAACCUAAUGUCCAAAAGCAUUUCCAGUUGCGGCUUUGGGUCUGUGUCUCUGAUGUCUUUGAUGUGAACUCCCUGGCCAAGAGUAUAGUUGAAGCAUCUCCCCGGAAAAAUGAAGACACGGACAAACCACCACUCGAAAGACUUCAAAAAUUGGUCCGUGGGCAGAGGUAUAUCAUUGUAUUGGAUGAUGUCUGGGACAACAAAGAGUUACGUAAGUGGGAAAGGCUGAAGGUUUGUCUCCAGCAUGGUGGCAUGGGUAGUGCAGUGUUGACAACAACUCGUGAUAAACGAGUUGCUGAAAUUAUGGGUGCAAACAGGGCAUCCUACAAUCUCAAUGUUUUGGAGGAUCGCUUCAUAAAGGAAAUUAUUGAGGCUAGAGCAUUCAGUUUAGAGAAAGAAAGGCCUGCUGAACUAGUCGAGAUGGUUGAUGAGAUUGUGGAGAGAUGCUCUGGAUCCCCUUUAGCUGCAACGGCACUGGGCUCUAUACUUCGUACCAAGACCACCGUGAAAGAAUGGAAGGCUAUAGCAUAUAGAAGCAGCAUUUGCACUGAGGAAACUGGAAUCAUGCCAAUACUAAAGCUUAGCUACAAUGACUUGCCAGCACACAUGAAGCAGUGCUUUGCUUUCUGUGCUGUGUUCCCCAAGGAUUACAAGAUCAAUGUGGAGAAGCUGAUCCAACUAUGGAUUGCCAAUGGCUUUAUCCUAGAACAGGAGGAAGGAAGUCUUGAAACCAUUGGAAAGCAUAUUUUCAAUGAGCUGGCCUCAAGGUCAUUCUUUCUGGACAUAGAGGAAUGUAAGGGCGACAGGGAGUAUUGUUCCAAAACUACAUGUAAAAUACAUGAUCUGAUGCAUGAUAUUGCAAUAUCUGUUAUGAGAAAGGAAUGUAUUGUUGCAAUUAAGGAACCAAGUCGAAUCGAGUUGCUUCAGGAUACUACUCGACAUUUAUUUUUGUCAUGUGAAGAAAUAGAAGGUAUUUUGAAUGAUUCUAUGGUGAAAAGAUCCCUUGCUAUCCGAACACUACUAUGUGAUAAUCCUGUUUGGAGCUCACUGCAACAUCUAUCAAAGUACAACUCUUUGCAUGCACUGAAGCUCUGUAUAAAGACAGAACCAUUUGUACUGAAACCAAAGUAUCUUCAUCACCUGAGGUACCUUGAUCUCUCAGAAAGUUAUAUCAAAGCACUUCCUGAAGAUAUGAGUAUUCUAUAUAACUUGCAGACAUUGGACCUAUCCAAAUGCAUUUAUCUUGAUCGACUUCCAAGGCAAAUGAAGUAUAUGACUUCCCUCCGUCACCUCUAUACUCAUGGAUGUCCGGAGUUGAAGAGCAUGCCCCCGGAACUAGGAAAACUCACAAACCUUCAGACAUUGACAUGUUUUGUAGCAGCAGUUAUUGGACCUGAUUGCAGUGAUGUAACAGAGCUGCAACAUUUAAACCUUGGCGGUCAGCUAGAGCUAUGUCGGAUAGAGAAUGUUACGGAAGCAGAGCCAAAAGUGGCAAAUCUUGGAAACAAGAAGGAGCUUAGUGAACUAACAUUAAGAUGGACUUUUGUUUGCGAUAGCAAGGUGCUCGACAAUUUCGAACCUCAUGAUGGGAUGCAGGUUCUGAAGAUAUAUUACUAUGGUGGAGAGUGCAUUGGUAUGAUGCAAAACAUGGUUGAGAUACAUCUUUCUCACUGUGAAAGAUUGCAAUUUUUGUUUAGACGUGCUGCAUCCUUCACUUUUCCAAAACUGAAGGUGCUUACGCUAGAACAUCUGUUGAAGUUUGAGAGAUGGUGGGAAAUAAAUGCGAGGCAAGAUCAGAUAGGAUUUCCUCUGCUUGAGAAGUUGUUUAUUAAGUAUUGUGGAAUGCUGACACAAUUGCCGAAAGCACCACUGCUUCGAAAACCGUGUGGUGGAGGUUAUAGAUUGGUGUGCUCACCGUUUCCUGCCCUAAAGGUACUAGAAUUGGAAGACUUGAAGAGCUUCCAGAGAUGGGAUGUUGCUGUUGAAGGAGGACUGAUCUUGUUUACUCAGCUUGAGAAACUGUCAAUUAAGAACUGCCCAAAGCUAAUGGAUUUACCUCGAGCACCAUUGCUUCAAGAACUCGAAUUGAAAUACUUGGUGAGCUUUCAGAGAUGGGAUGCUGUAGUUGAAGAAGAACAAAUAUUGUUUCCACUUCUGGCGAAGCUAUCAAUUCAGAAAUGCCCAAGGCUGAUAGAUUUACCUGAAGCACCAAAACUCAGUUCAUUAGAAAUUGAAGAUGGCAAGCAAGAGAUCUUCCAUUUUGUAGGUAGAUAUUUGUCUUCACUGACCAAACUGAUACUGAAGCUGGAAAAUACAGAAACAACAUCAGAGGUUGAGUGCAUUUCAAUUGUACCGAUGCACAACAAGGAGAAAUGGAACCAGAAAUCCCCACUUACAGUUAUGAAGUUAAGAUGCUGCAACCCAUUCUUUGGAGCAGCUGCACCAGUGCCAUGGUAUUAUUUUGGACAUCUUGAAGCGUUGGCAAUUGAUAGCUGUGAUGUGCUCGUCCACUGGCCAGACAAAGUAUUCCAAAGCUUGGUAGCCUUGAGGAGAUUAUCGAUUAGAAACUGCAAGAAUCUGACUGGAUGCGCACAAGCUCCUCCUGACCCAUCAACAACCGAAAGGAGCCAACACCUUCCUGGUCUGGAGUCUAUUGAGUUAAUUAUUUGUGCAAGUUUGAUAGAUAUGUUCAACGUCCCAGCAUCUCUCAAGGAAAUGCAUAUUUUUGGUUGCCAUGAGCUCAAGUCCAUAUUCGGCAAGCAGCAGGGCAUGUCACGGUUAGUUCAAGGGCUAUCUUGCAGCGAGGUAACCGUGCCCACGGUUGUAUCAGAGUUGUCAUCAUCAUCCAUGAAUCACUUCUUUCCAUGCCUAGAAUAUCUACAGUUAUCUGGAUGUGAUAGUUUAUCAGCGGUUCUAGAUCUUCCACCAGCAUUAAAGACCAUAUCUAUUGGUGGCUGCAGGAAUAUUCAAGUCCUAUCAUGUCAGCUGAAUGGGCUUCAGAAACAACAAGUCACUACUUCCAUAAAUAUACCAGAGCCAGCAGCAGCAAGAGAGCAUUCCCUUCCUCCUUGUCUCGAGUCUCUACACAUAUCCUGUUUGAGUGGCAUGUUUGGGGGGAUUCUCCAUCUGCCGAAUUCCCUCAAGACACUGAAAAUUUCUGGCAGUAGUUUGACAUCAUUGGAGUUUCUGUCGGGAGAGCACCCCACUGCGUUGGAAUCCCUUGUAAUUGAUAGCUGCAGUACCCUGGCAUCCCUACCGAAUGAUGCGCAGGCAUACAGGUCACUUCAACGGCUUGAAAUUACAUGUUGUCCUGCUAUAAAGAAGCUUCCUACAUGCCUGCAACAGCAACUGGGUAGCAUUGGCUUCUACAAACGGCUGGAUGCCCAUUAUGAAGUAACGGCAUUUAAACCAAAGACUUGGAAGGAAAUACCAAGACUAGUCCAUGAGCAGAGGCAGGCUCGUCACAGUUGAAGCGGUGUCACUUAAACCAAAGACAUGGAAGGAAAUACCGAGGAUAGCCUGUGAGCGGAGCCAUGCCUACAACAAUUGAAUGCUAUUCAGCCUAUUUCGUGGGUAAACCUCGGAAGGGGAAGAAAAGCUCAUGCAAUUCAUAUAGGUGAAUAGUGUUGCCCAUUUAACUGAGGACAACUGGACGAAAGCUGCAUGGAAAGGGCAUGAGUUUUCUUAGAUAAAAUAAUGUACUAGGUUGCGGCAUGAUUAUAAUCAAUCUGGCUUUGUUGACCUUUGACCUUUAUCUUCCUCAGAUAUUUGUAAUUCGGUUCUAAUUCAUGUCCCUCAACAGUUCCCAGGUUCAGUAGAAGCUGGGAUAUUACUCAAGCUUGUGAGCUAUCUAUCUGUGUAGAUCUAGUUUUAGCAUUGUUACGUAGUUGAGAAGACCUUUCAGUUGUUGAGAAACCUUUUCAACUGUGAUUUUUAUCUGUUUCAGUAUCGAUGGUAAUACCGGCAUUGCUGGUUACCGGGGAGAUGUUGGUGGAGCCUGCUGAACAAUAUUAUGAAUUUCUUGGAUAAUAGGCCUCCCUGAUGGCUGCUCUGCUCUGCCAGGGGAAUGACUUGUGAUUGGUUGAACAACCGAACUGUACUGUAGUCACUUUCCAUUGACAAUUGUUGGGAGCCUGUAGGGUAGGGCGACUGCUUGGCAUCGAGUCGAGCAGGCUGAAACGAUCUGAUCUGGAUUAGGUUUUGUGGUCUCCCCUUUUCCUGGCAUGGUCGCCAUACUGCUAUAGGCCAGUGUUCUAUCUGCAUAAGUUGCACCACAUUACAAACCUUUGUCCACAGAGUACAAAUAAGCAGCACAGGAGCAGCAAUUCAUGUUUCAUUU